AGUUCACACAGGUUUAGUGUAUCGCUCGAUCGAACUUAUUCGGAGCUAUUCGGAACGAGUCGACACAACGCUAGCAAAUAGCCUGUUGCGCAGAAAAUGGGGAAACGCAACACAAAUUAAUUAGCAAUUAACGUGCAGUAAAUAAACUGCAAUACGCGAGUUAAACAAAAGCAUUCGGAAAACGUAUAGGAAAAAUCCAAACAAACUAAAUAAACAAACACGAUUCGAGUAACGACAACGCAGUCACUUGCCGCAGCAAAACGAAACAGAGAAACAGAAGCAAAACAGCAGUAAAACAAGAAGCAAGUCGCGCACGGCACAAUUAAAAUAAAAAAUAUAUGAAAUAAAAAUAUAAAUAUAAAAUAAAGUUUAUUUUUGUGUUUUUAGGCAACUGUCGCGUGAUCGUUUCUGCGCGCCUGUGUGUUGUGUGUGUAAAAAUAUUUAAAAACAAAAUCUUCUGCGCAGACAGACAGAAGCACAGGGCUGGACGCAAGGGGCGAAACAAUCAAAAAGCAGCAGACAGAUAAACAACAACAGCAGCAACAUCAACAGCUAAAACAACAAUAACAACAAUAAUAGCAGCUGUAGCUGUAGCUGUGCUCGGUGACGCGGCGCGAGGUGCUCGUCGAGGUCAGUUCAGCACAUUUCGCGCACGGCCGUUUUGUGCGUUCGAUCGCCGCCCUCACUCCGUUCCUGGACCGUACAACGACCACCCGCGAUUCUCGACGAAACAACAUAAAAGCAUCAGCAAACACCGAAAAAAGUUAACAGACUCACGCGCAACUCUUUUUAGUUUUAUUGCUUAACUGAUAACCCGAACUGGCUGAUAAAUAUCAGAGCGACAAAAGCAAUAAUAGCAACAGCGACAACCACAACAAAAAGUGCUGUGACAAAUUAUUGCAAUUGUCCAAGCCCCAAAAGCUAAGUGCGAAUGCGAAUGCGCCCUCAAUUUGUAUGCCACACACACACGCACACACAUAACCAUUCGCUUAGUUAUUGCCGAACGCCCGCUGACGUCAGUCGGGUGGAUCGUUAUCGUUAUCCGAAAAUGGUGAUACCGGGGCCAGAGGGGCCCAGCACAGGCGCCAUAACCACAGCCGGGUUCAAUCGUACCCCCUUGACUGAGCUAAGCUCCGAGACGCGUCGCCAGCUGGCAUGCAUGCUCAAUCGCAAGAAGGUGCUGCGCUCCGAGGAGGGCUACGAGCGGGAUUGGCGGGGUAUUGCCUCCCUAUCGGGUCAACGUGGCUAUGUGGACGAAUUUGCCAACAUGCCCAUGGACCUGGUGCUCAAUAGCUGGAUCAAGCAUAAUCCGCAAACGGCCGAAGUGGGACAUCUAGAGCAAUUCCUGGGCAUCAUCGAUCGCUGGGAUGUGCGCGAUGACAUACAGGAGAAUCUAUCCAAGGAUACAGAUCGUUAUAAUGUAAAGCAACAGCAGCUGGAGCAAUUGACGCCCACGCCCACUGUCAAGUGUGUGGAGCGUAACAACAAUAGCUUAGCACGCGAUGUCAAUUUGCUGAGCAUCGAUGAUGAGAAAUGCUUGCAAAAUGGACAGCCGCUGCCUCGCUACAAUGCCUGUGUGCUGUACGCCGAGGCGGACAUUGAGCAUGCGACGGACAUCAUGAACAAUCUAGAGUCUCCGCCCUACAAUCUCAAGCUCUUCUUGCGACAUCGGGAUCUGCUGUUGGGCGUGCCCUUUGAGCAUGUCGAGCUGUCACAGUUCAUGGCCACGCGCUGCAACCAUUUGAUCGUUGUGCUCACCGAGGAAUUUCUGAAGAGUCGCGAGAACACGUAUCUGGUCAAUUUUACACAAAAGCUGCAAAUCGAGAACAACUCACGCAAGAUAAUACCCAUAUUGUACAAACACAACAUGACUAUACCCCAGACGCUGGCUAUUUAUACGCAUGUUAACUAUUCGGAUACAUCUAGCUUGUUCAAUUUCUGGGACAAGCUGGCACGUUCGCUGCAGGAUGUGGAUGCUGCGUCCAUUUACAGUGCCAAUCAGCAGCUGCUUACACCGCCGGCAACGGAAGCGCUUGCUCAGCCGGAAACGCCGCGCAUCUUAAUCAACGAUGCGGACGUAACAGACCUAUCUGACUGGAAUCUAAACGAUACAAAGCUCAAAUCCAUGUCGGGCAAUACGACGGCGCCGUUGCCCGAACUGAAAAUCAAGCGCAAAGAUAAAAUUUUUCAAAAACUAACGCUGAACUUUGGCAGUGCAGGCAAGCCGCUGCGACAUGCGCACUCAGUCAGUGCCAUCAAUAUGCAGGAACAGCAGAACACACUGAACGCUAGUAACUCCAAUCUAUCGACCUAUUCGGAGAACAAGAAGCGCUCCAACAAGUGGAGCACCAAGCUGCUGAAGAAGUUUACGCGCAGCAGCACAAAGCUGCAAACGCCUUGCUGAGAGAGAGCGAGAGACACAGGAAGAGGCAGAGGCAGAGGCAGAAAUAGGCAGCUGUGCAACAUGUGAAUUUCCUUAAAUUGCGCCCCAUUUGUGGGCAUGCAAACAUCAUCAAUCAACCAAUCAAUCAGUCAAACAAACACAAACCAUCCUUCAUUUGAUAGUGAUUAUAUACUUAGCCCUUACAACCUAAAACCUAAUCAAGCCAACUAACUUAAUGUAUUUAGACGCACUUGUUAAACUAUGUAAGUCAAACAACGAAUAAAGACAAUAUAUAUACAUA